CAGCUUUACCGCGUAAUUUCUUAUCCUGACUCCUAACAGCGGCUUAAUUUAAAUAACCAACAUUAACUGGUAAUCCUAUUUUGAGCAGGAUUCCAGCAUUUAGCACAGAAGAUUUCAAUCUAAUCUCGAAAAAUUCAACUUAACUCUAUCCUCUCAAGGAUCCAUCCGUGAGUAAAAUCCAAACGCGUAUAGAAGAUGGUUGAGGUUAACGAUGGUCGCCAUUUUAAAAAUCCUUACCAGGAUUAUAUGCCUGGAGACCAGCUUAAAGUGGGAGAUACAAACAUCCCAAACAAAAUUGUCGAACUGUUAAAUGUUCUGAAUUCGAAUUUCGAGAAGUUAUCGUCGUCUGACGUAUCAAUGUACACGGGCUUGUCAGGUGUUGGACUAUUCUACAAUUUCCUAUCACAAUGCAAAUGUGAAUUAUUAGACAGAAAGAUACGUGAAAAUGGUGUUGUAUGUACUGAGAAGUUGUUAAAUCGAUGUCUACGUCAUAUCGACUUGAAGAAGUUAUCUAAAAAUAUCAGUGUUUACACUAGCCCGAUCGGUCCAUUGUGUUUAGGUGCUUUAUCAUCAAUCAAGCAUGGAAGUGAGAAUACAGAGGCAAAGAAGUUCGUAGAAGACAUUUUGUCAGCGAGUAAAUAUGGCUUGGAUGUGGACUGUGGGAUGCCUGAUGAAGCGUUAUAUGGACGUACUGGCUAUCUAAAUUGUUUGAUAACACUUCGAGAAAAUAAUUUCGACAUCCCUGUUUCUGUUGUCUCGUCGAUAACAGAUGCUAUAUUGAAGUCUGGUCAGAAAACAGCUGGUGCUUACAAAUCGAAUGGUUUUUAUAAUCGAUUGAUGUAUCAGUCAUCGAAAAGAGAUUUGUGCAUGCCACCGUUGAUGUUCGAAUGGCAUGAUAAAUGUUAUCUUGGUGGAGCACAUGGUUUUGCUGGCAUCUUGACUACUCUACUGAAGGUAUAUCGUUUGUUUCCUGGUAGCAUAUCAUCACAUUCCUUAAACCAGUUAAUUCUACCUACUGUUGAUUGGAUGAGUCAACUUCAGAUAAUCAGCGGAAAUUGGCCUUCUAGUUUAGGGGAUAGCUUAAAUCGUGAUGUAUUAGUUCAUUGGUGUCAUGGUGCAACGGGUGUUAUUCCACUUAUGCUCUCAGCUCAUAAAAUUACAGGUGAAAAUAAAUAUUUGAAGUGUGCGUUAGAUGGAGGAGAAGCUGUAUGGACUCGUGGUCUACUUCACAAAGGCUGUGGUCUAUGUCACGGUUCAGCUGGUAGUGGUUUCGCUCUAUUAGAGAUUUAUCAAACAACUCAAGAUCCCAAAUAUUUGUAUAGAGCUAUGAAGUUCGCUGAAUGGUGUACCGACUGUUUUAAAAAUGCUACUCGCGUUGCUGAUCGUCCGUACUCACUUAUGGAAGGUCUUGCUGGGACACUAUACUUCCUUGUUGGUAUUUUGGAUCCAGUUAAUUCGAAGUUUCCUCUACUAAGUGGAUUGUGAAUAGAAAGAAACAAUGAUUUUAUUUAUAUCUAUACAACUAACUUUGUCUGUCAUUUUCUACUCACAUCUAUUUGUUCAUCAUUCACUUAGUUUAUGAGAAAAUGUUAUUUGAGUCUCUUGUCUGCCGAAUAGUUCACAUUUGUUUUAACGAUAUUAUAUUCAGUGUAUUUUGUGUUGUAUACUCUGUUUAGUCUAAACCUGUGUGUGAAAAUGCCAGUUUAAGGCAUACUGUGUAUAUUUAACGGUGUUGAUUGUUUGAAUAUUUGAUGAGUAUCGUACUGUGUUUGCGUUUGUUUUCUUUAAAGUUGAUAGGAGAAGUGAGUAGUCUGACAAGUAAUGGAUAUGUAGAAGAGACUUGGAUGAGUGUAUACAUAUGGUGAAAACAUUGUUAACUGUAAUGAUGUGUCAUGUUUUUGUAAUUGCACUCACAGUAUAUUUAGAAUUGCGAUUUCUGUUGGACGUUGAGAGCUGGAUCAUAGGAGCGAAUUUUUGUUAGUGUUGAAAGAUAGUUGUUCGACCAAUAUGGUAUGUGUAUAGGUGUGAUGAUAUGAGAUUUGUUUUGCCUCUGGAUCAACAUUUCGACAAACUAAGUCAAUACUUAACAACUCAUGGUUUGUAGUUUAAAAGUCAUUUUAAUAUUUCAUACAUGUAUUGUUUGGACGUAUUUUACAAUGAAUCAUGCCCAUCGAAAUGUCAUUAAGAGCCGAGUAAACUCUUGGGAACAUUUUGUCGAAUCAGGAUUGAAUGAGCGUUUCUUCGGAAUAUUUUAAAGGAAAGUCAUGGUUAGCGUAAUAAAUAUAGUGUGGUGUGUGCUACUUAUACGGACAGAUAUAGGUAGUAUGUGGUAGUUAUGGGAAGUUAAUUCCUUGCUGGGAGAAGAGGAGAAUGAUGAGGAGAAAAAGAAAAACAGAGCACUGGUAGUAGCAACAAGAAUGGAGGCACAAUUGGGUUUGUAAAGGUCAACUGAAGGAAGAUGUGCAAAUGGUGUGUUGGAUGUAUUGUCUUUAUAUUUUACGAAUUCAGUAUGUAAUUAAAGACAGUGCAUUUAGUUCACACCUUCCCAUGUCUUCGUACUUAAUAAUCGGUGUCGCUGUCACUACGCAGGAUGAAGAUUCCGUGGCCACUGGAGUUCGAGGAAGGAGAUGUACGGAGUGUGUUGAUAGAGUUUGGGACUGGUGCGUAGAAGCCUAGGGUGAAGGUGGUGGUGGUGGUGCUGAAGACAGAGCGAAAUGGGUGUAUGACAGCGUGGAUAAUGCCGGUGGGACGACGGCAUAGGAGGUAGUCACGGAGCGGUUGUUAUAGACUUUGGCAGUCAAGUUUACUGGAAGAAGGCACUGAAGAAAUUUACGGUGAAUUUCGACCUGCUAGUGUUUCCAGCGUAUCUAACCUUAUUGUUACUUCGUGAGCCAUCGAUUUUCGAAAUUGGGUUGUUUAAUGCAGGUAGAUCUAGUUUAGCACCAGUGGACGUAUUAUAUUUGGAAUUCUUGAUUAGCGCAAUCAUGUACAAAGGACUCAUCAGUUGGUACAAAUAUGUAUUACUUUCGGUAUUUACCUUAAUCUUAAAGCUUUUUUGCGCCUUUUCUCUUGUGUUGAAAUUGCUGUGUAGAUUUGGUCUGCGGUUAUUGGAAGCGCUUAUGGAAUCGGAACGUGCGUCCAAUUAACAUACUUCUCAUAUAUAUAAAUGUAUUUCCUUCAGUAUAAUGUAAAAUUAUUGAGUGGUCUUGUAUGUAA